AUGCAUGACGUUGCGGCAAGGCGUGCAGACCGCAGCGCAGCGCAGGGCGACAGACGGGACCAGGGCACCAUCCGUUGGCUUGCCGUCCCCUACCCUCACGAAGCAUACUCCGUACUUCCUACAUAUGCCUCCUCCUUCUUUCAUGGUCCUAGGCGCAGGCGUAGGAGCAAGCGCGUGCGGCGUGCGGCGUGA